AUGGAGCUGGACGGACAAGAUCUGAGGUGGCUUGAGUCCCAUGACUACUGCCCGUGGGGAACUCAUGUGUCCCGGUCGCUAGAGAGGAAGGAUCCAGAGCCCCACGAGAUUUACAGCUUGUCUGGCGCUCGUGCGGGGACUCUAAACGGCCACAUCGCGGUGAUAGUCGGAGGCAAGGAAGAGGUGCCGAGCGAGAGCUUCACGACUGUGUCACGCCUCGAUCUAUUUGACCUGAACACCACGAAAUGGCUGACUAGCUAUGAUGUCCACGGUGAGCUUACUCACCGUAUCGGCCACACCGUGGUGACACUUGGCGAGAAGGCUUACACCUUUGGUGGUGAGCCGAUUGACAGCUUCGAGUCUUCGCAGCAACAGUUGAUCGGAGAUAUAUUCGAGAUCAGCUAUGAGAACAGCGUUCUCUACUGCACGAAUAUCUCUCCCAUCAACGGCGAUGGUAUCGAUCCCAAUGUCCCUCCAGUCCCCGCUCCUUGCGGUCGAGCAUGGCAUGCGAGUGCCCCAGUGCGCUAUCGGGAGACCCCGAACGAUCCCGAAAGCCCGCAUACCCAAUGCGUACUCGUUCUCGGAGGGAAGAACUAUCAAGGUGCAGUCUUGUCGGAUAUCUGGCUACUCACUGUGAAUACUGCAGGACAGAAGCCUCGCUGGAUACAGCUUUCGCCCACUGGCAAUAGUCCGCUGCCUUUGGCGUUCCACAACGCUGUAGCGAUUGGAGAUAGUGACAAAGUCGUAGUUUUCGGGGGCAGACAGCACUCGGACCCUCUCAGCGCAGCAAUGAAUACGGGCAUCCACGUCCUGGAUCUAGCAUCCAACACGUGGGCAUCAAUAACGACGGAAGGCGGUAGUCCGGAUAACUCUCCGACAUUGCGAGUUCUUACAGCCCGAUGCUGCGCCACCGCUCUAGCGUUGCAGCUCCCUAUUGACGAGGAGACAGGAAUCAUUCGCCGAAUCAAAGACGGCGACGCCGACGUGAAGCCUUGUGACCCUCAGGAGGGCAUCCUGAUCUUUGGGGGGUUCUCUGAGUACGACCCAGCGCUGAGUUCAUCGUCGAUGGUCAUUCUGGAGCCUCUCCGUGGUCAUAUCCGCGAAGUUCAGGUUUCCACAGCUGGGAUCAAGAGCUACAUGGGUCAUGCUUCGGCUGUGCGUCCUGACAAGAGAGGGUUCUUCCUCUUCGGUGGCAUCCCGAUGCCAGAAUACGUCGACAAUGGCCCGUGGCAGCAGCAUCUUGACUCGACGACUGCGCUGGACUUUUGGGAAACGCCGGCAGGCUUCCCCAGCGAGGCAGAAGAGGAAGACCAGCGACAAGUGGCCGCAAAGCCGAUCAAGACCAAGACCCUAAGCAAUGGGGACGUGUACGUCGGAGAGAUGAACACGGACCAGACGCAGCGUCACGGCAAAGGGAAGUGUUUGUACGUCAAUGGAGACGAGUACGACGGCGACUGGUGCGACGACCAACGCUGCGGUCAAGGUGUCAUGCGAUAUGCCAGCAGCCAAGACGUGUACGCUGGUCAGUGGGAAAGCGACCAGCGCCACGGCUUCGGGAUCUACGAGUAUCACCUGCCGGAGACUCAGCAUGGCGGUGGUCGCCUGCCCAUGAAGUACGAAGGCCAGUGGGUGCACGACCGAAAGCACGGCGCAGGAACACUCACAUAUUCCGACGGCACGCAGCUCGUCGGUUCUUGGGCCAACGACGUUCUCGACACGCGUGAAAAGAGCUGCCUUGAAGGGUACGACGACGGUCAGAACGGCUCGUGUCGAUAUGUUGGUGAAGUGAGCGAUGGGGUCCCUCACGGCCAAGGCGAAAGUCACCACCACGCUUCAGGCGAGGUGUACGAGGGCAGUUGGGUCACCGGUCGUCGUUCUGGGCACGGAGUCGCUACGCUGCGCGACGGAUCGGUGUACCGCGGUGAGUGGCGCAACGGUCGACGCAACGGCUUCGGCAUGUUUGACGAUGCUCGGACUCGCGCCCAUUACGACGGCAAGUGGGUCGGUGGUGUGCGCUGCGGCCGCGGGCUGUGCAAGUACACCAACGGGUGCUCGUACGACGGCGACUGGCUGGACGACGUCCGCCACGGCAACGGCCGCUACACCUUCACCGACGGCUCGUGCUACGACGGCGCGUGGCUCAACGACAAGUUCUGCGGCGACGGGUCCUUCAUGCUCAGCAUCGAGGACAGCGACACCACGGCCCAGCAAGGCCUCAGUGACACUAAAAAGAACGUAGAGCCGUGCGCACCAGGCGGCGGCACUACAUCGACUCGACUCUAG